AUGUCUGCAACAAAGCUACUGCCAUCAGAGCUGCUAGCUACCUGUUGUAAGCUUCGGUUUGGAAAUACUAGUGUGAUCGGCUGCAGCCAGUUUACUCGCUUCAAUGUGUCUGUUCUUCCCUUGCAGUUUCUGCACAGGCUGUUAUUUGAGGAGACGAAGAUGCAAAAUUUGGAUCAAGGUGUUGUCAGACGUACUGUUGGGGCUAAGUUCGCCAACACUUUUGUGGUACUACCAGCCACUCAGACACGAGGCGGCAUUCUUAUUGCGGUCAAUGAGGAUUACUUCCAGCUCUCCGACCAACAUUUAUCUACACAUGCAGUGACUGCAACAGUCACCAUGAGGGCAGAUGGAACCAAAUGGCAAAUUACGGUUGUCUAUGGCCCACAGGGAGACGCCGAGAAAUUACAAUUUCUACAGGAGCUUGUAGCUAUUCCUUGCCUGGCCCAUGGGAGAUGGCUCAUCCUAGGAGAUUUUAAUCUCAUCUACCAGGCAGAAGACAAAAACAACUCCAAUCUAAACCGUCGCCUCAUGGCCUCCUUCAAAGUGGUCAUCGACGACCUGAACCUAAAAGAGAUAGGCCUCAACGGACGUCAUUUCACUUGGAGCAACGAGCGAGACAAUCCGACAUUAACAAGAAUCGACGGAUUAUUUUGCACCCCUGAUUGGGAAUUAACCUUCCCGACAUGCUUUCUCCACUCUUUGCCUUCUCUCAUAUCCGAUCACACCCCGCUACUCCUGCAGGGAGAACUUGAGCACUACCACAACCGGACCUUCCGCUUCGAAAUUUUUUGGGUCAAGAUGGAUGGUUUCACGAACUUGGUGGAACAAGUCUGGAGUAAACCUGUGCACUCUUCUUUACCCAUCAAACGGUUGCACACAAAAUUAGCACGAGUGGCCAAAGGCCUUAAGCGGUGGCGCAGGGAGAAGGUUAGGGACACACGGUUGCAGCUAGCCAUCGUCAAAGAGGUGCUGCUACAGCUUGAGGCAGCGCAGGAAUUUAGGACACUCACACAACAGGAACUCGACACAUGCCAAGCGCUCUAA